AUGGAGAUGCAGAGGGGUCUGCAGAGAGGUAGCGAGGUCAAGCUGCUAUGGAUUGUGAAUUUUCUGAUGCAAGCUGUGCGCUUCCGAGUUGCCGUACUCUACUACACUUUCAUGGAGCCGGAUUCGCCCGCGUCGCAGGGAGAACGAGCGUCAGCAGACACAGUUUCUUUCAUCUUCUCGACGAUCUUGCUGGCUGAGGGGCUCAUGGAACGUCCUCGCAUUAAAUCGGCUGCUUCGGUCUCAUACGGAAAGAUGGAGGGAGCACAGGAGGGCGAUGAGAAGCUUGACGCUGCCAAGACCAAGGGCGAAGCAUUGAAACGAGUGUGGUUGCAUGACUUCAUUAUCUGCGGUUUCUUCAAGCUGAUCAACGACACGGUUGUCUUCAUCGGCCCCCUCCUCCUCCAGUCCCUCGUCAGGUUCGUAGAGAGUGGCGGAGACGGGACUCAAAGGAGCUCUGCCGUCGACGGAGCCAUUCUUGCUAUAGGAAUUUUCCUUGCGAAGACGGUCGAAUCCAUGGCGGUGAAUCAGUACUUCCAUUAUGGGUACAGGAUCGGAGGGCAGGUUCGAGCUGCCAUGACGAUGUUGGUUUAUCGCAAGGCGUUCCUCCUCUCUUCGAAGGGGUAUCAGAACUUCAAGAUCGGAGAGAUGGUUUCCCUCAUGUCCGUAGACGCACAACGUCUGUGUUCUUCUGCUCCCUACCUUCACCUGUUCUGGAGUGCUCCUUUGCAGCUCACCGUGGCAACCAUUCUCCUCUACAACCUGCUGGGCGCCUCUGUGUUCGGAGGCCUGAUGAUCAUGAUUGUGAUGAUUCCGCUGAGCACGUACAUCGCAAAGAAGAGAGCGGGGCUCAAUCGCACAAUCAUGAAGAUCAAGGACGAGAGGUCGAACUGCAUGGACGAAGUGCUCCAGGGGAUCCGCGUCAUCAAGUACUUUGCGUGGGAGCAGAGCUUCACGAAGAAGGUGCAGGAGGUGAGAAACAGGGAGGUGGAUCUCAUCUGGAAGAACUCGCUGUGGGCCAUCUUCUCGACAUUCUUGUGGGCAGGAUCUCCCAUGCUUGUUGCCCUCAUCUCCUUCACUUUCUACUCGCUCUCUGGCAACGAGCUUCGCCCCAACAUCGCCUUCACUGCUCUCGCCCUGUUCAACGUGCUUCGUUUCCCUCUAAACACGCUCCCCAUGAUCAUCAACAUUGUCGUGGAGAGUCAAGUUGCUCUGGGCCGUCUCACCAACUACCUGCUGGCGGACGAAGUGGACAAGAAGAAGGAGGAAGAGGUGGUGUCGGAGGUGCCAAUCGUCAUCCAGGACGGUCGCUUUUCCUGGUCGAACGCUCCCACAGCAAAGCAGGAAGACGCCGCCAAGGCCACCACCUUCCUGUCGAAGUUGCUGCAGAUCUUCAAGGGCGUACCAAAGAUGCGAAAGGGGGCUGAGCUCGGCACCUACAACUGUGUUCUACGGGACAUCGAUCUUGAGGUCAGGAAGGGCGAGCUGUGCAUGGUCGCGGGGAAGGUGGGGUGCGGGAAGACGUCCCUGCUGUGCGCUAUCCUUGGGGAGAUGAGAAGGAGUCGGGGAGCGUGUCUCUAUCUGCCCUGGAUUAAGAAUGCGACGGUGAGGGACAACAUCCUGUUCGGGUCAGAGUACGACGAGGAGAAGUACGGAGCUGUGAUAGAGGUCUGUGCCCUCCUUCAGGAUUUCGAGGUCCUCCCUGCUGGGGACCAGACGGAGAUCGGCGAGAAGGGCAUCAACCUCAGCGGAGGGCAGAAGGCGCGGAUCAGCCUGGCGCGCGCAGUCUACCAGGAUGCUGACGUGUACCUGCUGGAUGAUCCUCUCUCGGCUGUGGACGUGCACGUGAGCAAGCACUUGUUCGAGGAGUGUGUCAAGACGUACCUCAAGGGCAAGACCAUCAUCCUCGUUACCCACCAGAUCCAGUACCUCCCGGGAGCUGACAAGGUCCUUUACCUCGACAGCAACCGCAUCGUUGCCCAGGGCACGUUCGCGUCGAUCUCGGAGGCGCACCCUCACCUCAUCGACACGAGCCAUGGCCCCUCGAUGUCCCGCAACAACUCGCAGGAUGACCUGAGCAAGACGGCAGAUCUCAAGAGCGCCAGCAGCGACAAGCUCCCCAACGGGACGGACGGGACCAAUGGGGAGAAGAAGGCGCGAGUGCUCAAGUCGCAGUCCAGCACGGGGUUGGACUCAAAGCAGACGAUCACCAAGGAGGCAAGAAAGUCCGGGACAGUUCCGUUGGCUGUGUGGACGAGCUAUGCUAGGAGCAUGGGGCUGCACAUCGCAGGCUCGGUUAUCCUGGCGUACGUUAUUUCCCAGCUCAUCCAGAGUGCAAAUGACUUCUGGUUGACCGUCUGGUCCAGCGCCUACCUGGCGCACGACCAGGCGGCAGAGCUGCAGACUGAGCAGACGACGCCUGCGCCAGUCAACACGGGCUUCUACCUCGGCAUCUACGCGCUCAUCACCCUCAUAUCCCUCGGCUCCGUCACUGUUCGCAGCGGCUUCGUGGCCAUCGGAGCCUUGAGGGCAUCAGUGAAGCUGCACAACGGGAUGCUCGAGCGAGUGCUGCGAGCGCCGACGAGGUUCUUCGACACGACGCCGACCGGGCGAGUGCUGAACCGCUUCACGUCGGACAUGUACACGCUCGACAACGAGAUGCGAGAGACGCUCUCCAUGAUGCUCAUGUGCCUGGUGCGAGUGAUUCAAGUCUCGCUCGUAAUUAUUUACGUCACUCCCACCUUCCUUCCCAUCGUCAUCCCGCUCUCCUACGUCUACUACCGUGUGCAGGAGUUCUACCGCAACUCGUCAAGGGAGCUGAAGCGCCUCGAGUCCGUCGCCAAGUCUCCCAUCUUCGCCCAGUUCUCGGAGACCCUCAACGGCCUGUCGACCAUCCGCUCCUUUGGCUCUCAGCACAACUUCGUCCACAACUCGCAGCAGCUCAACGACUGCUUCUCUCGCGCCUACUUCGGCAACAACGCCUCCAACCGAUGGCUCGCCGUCCGCCUUGAGUUCAUCGGUAACAUUGCCAUCGGCUGCGCCUCCCUCUUCGCCGUCCUGCAGAACGCGAGUGACCCAGCGGCCGCCGGGCUGGUUGGUCUGAGCAUCACGUACGCGCUGGAGGUGACGGGGACGCUCAACUGGUCCAUCCGCACCUUCACGCAGCUUGAGAGCUACAUGGUGGCUGCGGAGCGAGUGGAAGAGUACACGACGAUGGAGACGGAGGCGCCGGCAAUCGUCGACUCGUACAGAACGGCAGACUCGUGGCCCUCGGAGGGUAAGCUAUCGUUCGACAACGUGAAGCUGCGCUACCGUGAGGGGUUGGAGCCUGCGCUGAAGGGGAUCACUUUCGCCACAGAGGCGGGAGAGAAGGUGGGCAUCGUCGGGAGAACAGGUGCAGGCAAGUCAACGCUGGCUGUAGCACUCUUCCGCAUGGUGGAGAUCUUCGAAGGGACGAUCCUGCUGGAUGGAGUGGACAUCUCCAAGAUCGGGCUCGACGACCUGCGCAAGAACGUCUCCAUCAUCCCGCAAGACCCCGUGCUCUUCACCGGCACCAUCCGCAGCAACCUCGACCCCUUCUCCGAGUACUCCGACAGCUCCGUGGAUGACGCGCUUAGCAAGGUCCACAUGCUGGACUACGUUAGGAGCAAUGGAGGGCUCUUGCACGUUGUGCAGGAGGGAGGAAAGAACCUCAGCGUCGGACAGCGGCAGCUGCUCUGCAUGGCGAGGGCUCUGCUUCGCAACGCCAAGGUGAUCGUCAUGGACGAAGCGACUGCCAGUGUGGACAUGCAGACGGAUUCCUUCAUCCAAGAAACUAUCCGAGAGCAGUUCAAACACAGCACAGUUCUUACAAUCGCCCAUCGGCUUGACACCAUCAAGACGUGCGAUCGCGUUAUGGUGCUCGGGGAGGGUCGGGUUCUUGAGAUGGGCCAUCCGUCCACGCUGCAGAAGGACACGACCUCCAUCUUCUACAAGAUGACCUCCGACUCUGCUGCUGCCGCCGAGAUGCUGAGCUGAACAAGCUGAGACGGUGGCAAGGCAGAGGUAGGAGCGCGGGAAGAGGCAGGCGAGGGAGAAACAGGGGGAGGAAGUUUGCGACUCCGUUGCGAGAACAGAGUACAGGAGGAGCAAGUUUAAGUGUUGGGUAAUUACAAGAAGAUGGGAGAAAAUUAAAUCAUGUCGCAUGCA